AUGGCCGAGCUUUAUGACAACGCCACCGGGCAUGGCCCGCAGGAUAUCGAAGAACUACCUCCUUCGGUUAAAGUAUAUCUCUACAAGGGUAUGGACGACUAUUGCCGGGUCAUCUCAAUUGAGCGUGACCGUCUCUAUAGCUCUUUCCGUGCUGCACAAAAUGCAAGAGCACGGGCCACUGAUGGAAGUUGCGAAGGACGGCAAGACGAUCUUACGGAAGGCACCCAGAGCGAUCACAUUAUCUUCAUCAUUGAACCUUUGACUUUUGCACACGACUUCCUUGACUCGAGAACAGAUCCUCCUUUUCAUGACAAGUUAUCCUUUAAUCCAAGAACAAACAUCCUUGUCGUGAAGAUGCCUGACCCAGUGCACGAGCAAGCCGCACUUUCUUUUCACAGUGCGCUCAUAUUGGCCCUUCAGCCAAUGGGCCUACACAAAGCGAUUUCUUCAUGGGGAUCCUCGAAAAUUAUUGCCCCCGAUGGAACAACUAAGGAGGCAGACGGGGGAUGGAGUCCACGAAGAGCCCCCCGCGGAUCUCCUAAGAGACCCACGGUGGUUUUAGAAGUCGCAUCGUCAGAGACUUCAGCAAAACUUCGCCGUGAUGCCCACUACUGGGUAGACCCAGCAAGAGGGCAGGCCAAUAUGGCUAUCGGAGUCAAGAUCCAUGCCAAAAAUCCCCGGAUCACCAUCGGACAGUGGGAGUGGAGCUCUCAGCUCUCCCGACCCAUCCAAACAUCAGACUUAACCAUAACGAGAUACGAUGAUGGAAUCCGCUUUCAUACUGACCAGCCUACGCCACAGCUCGUGAUCCCCUUUCACCUUCUAUUCCGACGACCACCAGUGAAUAACAGAGAACGCAACAUAGUGUUUGCGGCACAGGAACUCGUCGAGUUUGCAACUGAGGUAUGGGACAUGCAAUUCGAGAAUGAACAAGAAUGA